AUGAGCUCUUUAGUCUUUGUGGUGUCCUCUCUUGAGGCCAUCGCUGCAUCCAAAGAAGCACAGAGGAAUAAACAGCUCGCCGAACUUACCGAGAAGGCCCUCAAGGCUAUUAAAGAAGAGGAAACUCAGCUGCCUGACCCUCAGGUUGUCUUCGCGCCCUUACAAUUAGCUACCAAGACUGGAAGUAGUCAAUUGAUUAAUACCGCCCUCGACUGCAUACAAAAACUUACAUCUUCCUCGUACUUCUCCGUAAAUGUUGCCACAGGUAGCGCGCAGGAGGAUGGCACGGAGCAGGCUCCUAUGAUAGAUCGUGCUAUCGAUACGAUAUGCGAUUGUUUUCAGGGCGAGACCACUCCCGUUGACGUCCAGCGACAUAUCGUCCAGGCCUUGUUAGCCGCUGUGCUGAACGACAAGAUUGUCGUACAUGGAGCUGGGUUGCUGAAGGCUGUGCGCCAGGUAUAUAAUGUCUUUUUACUGUCGCGAAUUCCGGAAAACCAGCAGGCCGCGCAAGGAACCCUUACCCAGAUGGUUGGUAUGGUAUUCGAGCGAGUCAAGGCGAGACUACAUAUGAAGGAAGCUCGCAUUAAUCUAGGCACAUUGAAGAAUAGCUCUAGCAAUGUCACAUUUGAACAAGCAGAGUCUGUCGCCAAUGGAAAUGACGCCGCCGAAGAAGAACAAGAGACACCCGAAGAGGCGAACACCGAAGGCUUACCUCAGCUCGCACGUUCUCAGUCGACGAACGAAGGCGGGCCGAAGUUGACCUUAAAGGACCUCGAGCACCGAAAGAGUUUUGACGAUUCAAACCUGGGCGAUGGUCCGACUAUGGUCACCCAGUUAAAACCGCUUAGGAAGACGGCAAGGAGGGUUUCCGAACAGACGCAGAGUGACACGGCCACUGAGGCGGAAGAAACUGCCGAGUCCCUCGAAGCCGAAGAUGAGGUCUACAUCCGGGAUGCAUAUCUUGUCUUCCGCAUUACCCGAAAUGGGGCCAGCUCGGUUGAUAAGGUAUUUGAGGUUUGCUGCGAAAUAUUUUGGUUGAUGCUUAAAUUCAUGCGAGCGCCGUUCAAGAAAGAGAUAGAGGUAUUCCUCAACGAGAUAUACUUGGCGCUUUUGGCUAGACGGACCGCGCCACCCUCUCAGAAGAUCUAUUUCAUCAUUAUCCUCACCAGGUUUUGUGGUGACCCUCGCGGAUUAGUCGAGACAUACCUCAACUACGACUGCGACUCUCAUCUCGACAAUAUCUUCCAGACCAUUAUAGAAGAUCUAUCGAAGCUUGCUAUCAACCCCGUAUCUAUCACAGCUGCCCAAGAGCAACUAUACGAGGAGAAGAAUUCGAAUCCCAACAUCGGCUCAGAUUGGCAAUUGAAGGGAGUAUUGCCGCCACCUCUAAACGUGAGAGACAUCGUGCCCCCUAGCGAACCUGAGCCUGAAAUACCGCGGGAAUAUGUCCUUAAGAGGGCAGCCUUAGAUUCUCUUGUUGAGGCUUUACGAUCGCUUGUCAAUUGGUCUGUUGUUGGCCGUCCGGACGUGAACGGUGCAUCGCGUGAUAAUGAUACGCGCGCUUCAGUAGACGAUAUCCGGGAGUCUAUCGACCCCUCGGCUACCGAUAGUAACUCUCGCUUUGAGACGCCGCUACCCCCAUCUACUCCCGUUGUUGACGACGAUCCGGCUCAAUUAGAGAAAGAGAAGGCUCGAAAAACGGCACUAGCUAAUGCGAUCCGUCAAUUCAACUUCAAGCCGAAGAGGGGAAUCAAGCUUCUAAUCCAGGAAGGGUUUAUUCUAAGCGACACCCCCAAUGACAUCGCUAGGUUUCUAAUUUCAGAUGAUCGACUUGAUAAGGCACAGAUUGGUGAAUAUCUUGGUGAGGGGGAGCCAAAGAAUAUCGAGAUUAUGCAUGCUUUCGUCGAUACUAUGGACUUUGCUCAAAGGCGCUUCGUCGACGCCUUAAGACAAUUCCUCCAGUCGUUCCGUCUUCCUGGAGAAGCCCAAAAGAUCGAUCGAUUCAUGUUGAAAUUUGCUAAUCGCUAUGUCAUGGGCAACCCAAAUGCUUUUGCUAAUGCGGACACUGCCUACGUUCUAGCUUACUCAGUAAUCUUGUUGAACACAGAUUUGCACAGUAGCAAAAUAGCUAGGCGUAUGACCAAAGAAGACUUCAUCAAGAAUAAUAGGGGUAUUAACGAUAAUGCUGACUUGCCAGACGAUUAUCUAAUCGGGAUAUACGAGGAGAUUGCGGGUAAUGAGAUAGUUCUCAAGAGCGAACGCGAAGCUGCCGCGGCUGCGGGUAGCUUGCCUGCGCAGUCAUCAGGUUUUGCUGCCGGACUUGGCCAAGCUCUCUCGAAUGUUGCUUUUCAAGAACUUGUUCAAAAACCAACGAAGAACGCCGCAAAGGCUGGGGUCAAGUUCAUCCCGGCGACAUCUUUCAGGCACGUUGGGCCUAUGUUUGAUGUGACCUGGAUGUCAUUCUUUUCUGCCUUCUCGAAUCAAAUGCAGAAGGCGCAAAAUUUAGAAGUAAAUAAAUUGUGCUUGGAAGGGAUGAAGCAAGCUAUAAAGAUCGCAUGCCUUUUCGAUCUGGCAACUGCACGAGAAGCCUUUAUGUCGGCGUUGAAGAACGCCACUAACCUAAACAACCCUCAGCAGAUUCUCGCCAAAAACGUAGAGGCAUUGCGAGUCAUCCUGGAGCUCGGACAGACAGAAGGUAAUUAUCUGAAGGAGUCUUGGAAGGAUAUUCUUAUGUGCAUAAGUCAGCUGGACCGGUUACAGCUUAUCACUGGUGGUGUCGAUGAAGGUGCCAUCCCGGAUGUGUCCAAAGCGCGCUUCAUGCCGCCUGAGAGAACAAGUACGAACGACUCUCGUAAAUCGACGGCCUCUGCCCGACGGCGAAAUAGGUCUAACCCUGGGGCGAGAGGCUUUUCUAUGGAAAUUGCGCUCGAGAGCAGAUCAGACGAUGUCAUUAAGAGCGUAGACCGUAUUUUCAGCCACACCGCGAAUCUAAAUGGCGAGGCCAUUGUCCACUUCGCCAAGGCUCUCACCGAGGUGAGCUGGGACGAAAUUAAAGUAUCAGGUUCUAACGACUCCCCACGAACGUACAGUUUGCAAAAGAUUGUCGAAAUCAGUUACUACAACAUGACCCGUGUCCGUUUCGAGUGGACUAAUAUCUGGGUGGUUCUUGGCGAGCAUUUCAACAAGGUAGGAUGCCACAACAAUACAGCGAUCGUUUACUUUGCGCUUGACUCGCUACGGCAGCUGUCAAUGCGUUUCAUGGAGCUUGAAGAGCUUCCAGGUUUCAAGUUCCAGAAGGACUUCCUAAAGCCAUUUGAGCAUGUCAUCGCCAACUCAAGUAACUUGACUGUUAAAGAUAUGGCCCUGCGUUGCUUGAUCCAGAUGAUCCAAGCCGAGGUGAGAACAUUCGAUCAGGUUGGAGGACCAUGUUCGGUGUCUUUACUGUUGCAGCGCGGGAUCCUAACGAGACUAUCGUAA